CCAACUCAUAAAUCUUAAAAUAAAUAUUGAAAUUCCAAAGAAUUAAAUUAAUGUGCUGUAUCCUGUAUGGAAGAUUUGGGUUUUUCCGUUGAGGGGGCCAUCCGUAACUGUGUGGAGAAAGAGAGUCCAAAUCAAGAACUUCCAUUGUUUCCUUUCACUACUUGCAGAGACGAUGACCUAACCCUAGGAUCCGGCUCUAUAAUAGGAUCGUGGUUCGUGGGAGGCCUAGUGCGGGUAAACGCAGAGUCACGGCCUGCUGGAGGGAAAGGAUCCCCCAAGUAUUGGGUAGCUGUCGUUAAACCUGGUAGAAUACUUUAUGAAAUGGAUGGAGUAGCCGAAAAGCUAGCACGACGGGCUAUUUCAAUAGCGGCGUCAAAAAUGCCUAUAAAAAUACCAGGAUUAUUAUUCACUCAUAUGGGACAAUAUACAGCAUUUUUUUGUCCUUAGGUCCCUGAUUCAGGGGACAACGAUUGAACCUUAUUUCGACUGUUUCGAGUCAGUUAACAGUUGCUAAAGGAAAAUUCUAUUUCGAAACCACUAUUGAUGAACAUUGAGGGUUCGCUGCUUGCAGAACCACAAAAAUAAGGGAAAUGUCAUCACUUCUUUUUUCUUGUAACUUUUAUUGUGACAUGAAUUUCAUGCAGCAAGCCAUACAAUUUGUUGUGACUUUCUGCAUCAUUUGCCCGUUCAUCUCAGAGGCUCUUGUGACAUGUAUAUUCAAGAGCUUCAAGAGUAGGGCAGAGAGCUUUGCCUCGAUGACAAUAUAUCAUCAUAGAUUAU